UCUUACGUACGUCAUUUCAUUUUACUGCCCGUCGCUGGGUUUUUUUAUUUUUUAUAAUAUAGUCAUUUCCUCUUACAUCGUUGACAGCGAUCGAUAGAAUCGAUAGAAUCCAAAUCUCCUGAAAAUGGUGGUGUCACUGAAUGAUAUUCGUCUUUAUCUUUCCCAGGGGACUUAUGUCAAACACCAGCAGGCUUCGAAACAUUUCAAGCGGAGUGUUAGGGCCGCUGCUGGGAACUUCUGUCUUCGUGAAGAGGUCCUGUACCAUGGGAACAGAAUGGUCAUUUGGACAGAGGAGGAGAAAGUGGCUGUGUUUUGGACCACGGAGGAUGCAAGCGAAGAUUGCUCCCCGGUUUUAUUGGCGGUCCAUCACACAGGACACAUUGGAUUGGGUGCGCACAUGUCCUGACUGCCAGCGCUUUGAAAAGUUAAAGACCGAGGCGCCUGAGCUGAAGCCCGUCAAGGUCGUAUCACCUUGGUACAUGGUUGGUGUGGACCUCUUUGGACCUGUGAAAAAGUCGUCUAAGGGGAACAGAUAUUGUCUCACUUUGACCGAUUAUUUCACCAAGUGGGUUGAAGCAAGAACAUUCCCAAAAAAGACAGCAGCCAAUGUGAAGGAGAGUUAUGGAGGUUCUUCCAAACAAUAUGGUUAGGCUGGAGACCCCGGAUGGAAAGCCCAAGCAUAUGAUGACCCCGUAUGCAUCACUGAAACCUCUGCGGCCGAGGACUCACCCUGGCUGGCCAAAGGAUUCCCCUUCAGCCCCUGUGCUUCCAGGAGAUGCUGAAAUGCUGACUUCAUCAUCGGAGGAGGAAACUGAGUGUCAUUGUUUCACGGACCAUACAUAUGCUGGCCCCACAUCACCCUGGAAAAAGGAGCUGCACCCCGACCAGAAACAACUGCUCGAGUAUGUUUUGGCCUGCGAUCGUCCAGCUAUGGAGCUGAUCGUUAAAGAGGGAGGGGUGUGUUUAACCCGAGAAGAGUUUUGGUCUCUCGGGUUGUCCAGAGACAUGGACUCCACGAUUGGAAAUGCUUGCCUCCAGCUGGUUCAGGAAGCUGCUCAGAGACAUGGCAAAGAUGUCUUCAUUGCCAACAUGUAUAUUGUACCAACGUGGAAGCACAAAGACGUUGAUCCAAUGUCAAGCCUUCCAAGGGAUGCACAUCUAAAGGAUGCACUCCUCUUCCCAGCGUGGAGCAAGCACAACGGGCCAGAGCAUGACCUUCUCUGUGAGCAUUGCGCAGCACAUCGUCCCAGGAAGCUGGAGUGAGCUCACUGGAAAAGACAUGCAGGAGAUCCCACGCCAGACCUCGGGGAAUGACUGUGGUGUUUUCAUGCUCAUGUACUCCCUCUGGCUCUGUACGGACACUACUUUUCACCACAGUGUGCUGGACAUGCAGUCAAUCCGGCGUUGGUGGUGUGUCCUUCUAAUGGUGCGCUUUGGCAUUGAAGGGUAGGACAACUUCUUGAAAUAUCUGAUGUAUUGUUUAUCAUGAUUAGUAACUGUCUGCGAUGAGGUGGCGACUUGUCCAGGGUGUACCCUGCCUUCCGCCCGAAUGCAGCUGAGAUAGGCUACAGCGACCUCCCGCGACCCCAAAAAGGGACAAGCGGUAGAAAAUGGAUGGAUGGAUUAGUAACUGUAAUCUGAAGAGCUUUUCUUCAAUUUCCCCAAAGGCAUGGCCAGAGGUUCUGUUAUUGGACAGACAAGGCGAGCGGCCUAUUGCAGGGCAUUCUUCAGCCAGUCUUUAGGGUAUCCAGAAACUCAGUCCAGGCCAUCGACUGCGUCAUCAAAGAUUAACUGAAUACAGUACUGGUAUGCCAUGACACAAAAGUGAAUAAAUUGUAUCAUACCUAUGUUGCUCCAUAAAAAAAAUGAUUGGAGAAAUAUGUAAGCUGGGGGAAAAAUAACUGGUUCAAAAAUAAUAAUCUAAUAACCUUUAUUGGUUUGUACCUUGAUGUGGUUUAAGAGCUUUUCACUAUAACAUGUCUACUUCUGAGGUGACCACCACUUGUGAUUAUAAUUGACGCUUUGUCCUUUAUCUGUGUUCC